AGAGAAACCAGGACUUGCUCUGCUCCCACCUGUAUUUAAGUCCUAAGUUCAAAUAAAAUUCAAAUGUGUCAGCUGUUACCUUUCACUUAUUCUCCAUAACGUAUUUUAAGAAAAAGAGAAAGAUAAAUACGUGAUACAUUUGGGGAAACAUUUUAGGCUGGUAACUGUUGCAGAGGUUAAGCCGUUGUUUUGAGGGGCCCACCCUGAGUGCUGGGUGUGUUACAGACACAACCACAUUAAGCUGUGUGACCACCUGUCCUGAGGAUCCCAGGCCUGGUUUCUAUACAAUGCUAUGCUCAGCUGUCUGCAGCACUGCCUUGCACCCUCACGGUGUCCUGGUUUGGACUCUGGGUGGCCUGGACAUCCGUCUUCAUUGUGCUGCCUCUCUCAUUGCAACUUCCAGAGUUCACAAACCUUGGAUUUGUGCUGUCUGGGGAUGAGGAGUAAUUUGGGUAUAUCUCUUGGUUUUGCCCAACUCCUUUUAUUUCAUUCCUAAGUUGGUUGAUAUCUUGUAAAGUUACAGCAAGUAAUUCUAGUAAAUAAUAAACUAUAGUAAAGGACAUGUUUUUUUUGACUGGCCAUUGUUGAUUGUUAUGGAAGAGGCAUAGUGAGAAGACUGGAUUCCGCCAGUGCCAGCCAGUGCUUCUUUGUUAAGCUGGUCAGUCCCCUGGUAAGUGCAUCUCUCUGCUGCCUCCAGUUGAGGGGCCGGGCUGGCCAGCAGACAGACCAGACCCCUGGUCCUCGGGAGGUGCUGGGAGCAUGGGGUCUGAGGGCUACAGGCCCGUUCCACAGCAAAAGCAGAUGCAGCUUGCUCUAGGGAGAGGCAGCAGUAGGAGCCGGGCAAAAAUAGCCGUGGUGACAGCCGGUUUACGGGAGAGCAGCAGCCACACGCUCCCACCAGAAGCGUGGCAAGCCAGGUGGCCCAGUUUCCUCAAAGAGCCAAAAGGGACAUUAGAGAAAUGUCAUCCAGUCACAAUAUAUGACCUUAUUCAGAUCCUAAUACAAGCACACUAAGGGGAGAAAUCGUCAGUUGAUGAAAUCCAAGAAUCACUUCCUUUUUUAAAGCAUUGAGCUGUUUUAGACACUCACACUUCCGUCAGUUCAGGGGAAACGGAGACCAGGAAGCGGCUGAUUCCAGGCCAUUAGCUCCGCAGCGUGAGCUCAUGUCACAGCUCUCCCCCGGCACUGGGGCAUUAGCUUGUGCCUCCAGUGGAAGAGAAGCGUGUUUAAAUUGGUCAGGGCUCUUCAGUCCCACUGUGGAGCUGUGCUUUGUUUUGGUCGUCUUUGUAGAGAUAAGUGUUUAUAGAUACGAGGCCACUUUCCAAAGCAAUAAAAGGCACAUCCUAGACCAUCUGACAUGCCCAGCAUGAGCUAUAUUCAAAUGGUCUGAUUUAUUGCCACAGACGGGAAAGGAGAGGGCAGGCCGCUGCCAGCUGGGCAUCUCUGGGCAGCUCCCCUGCUGCUGCCUGGGCUCACCUGAGGCUCCGUCGGCCUCCCCCCUCCUUCCUGCAAACAGCUUCAGGCUACAUUUCCUUCCCUGGCAAGUUCAGUGGCACAGAUGGAAGUUUGGAGACCUUUGCCAGUAGCCAAGUUCAGGAACGUCUGAAUGCCUGAAAGGGACUGACUGGAGCAGGGCGUUAACCCUGCCACGCCAUCCGGAGCCUCCGUGUACCACCGCAUGGCUUCUCUGAGCCAGGCAGCCCGAGUCCUGGUGCGACACACACUAGGGCUCUGAAUGGGCUUUUUUCUUCCUUCUCAUUUUUUCAGAAGGACAAGAGCUGCCUGUGGAUAUGGAAACCAUCAGCCUGGACAGAGACGCAGAGGAUGUUGAUCUGAAUCACUACCGCAUCGGGAAAAUUGAGGGAUUCGAGGUGCUAAAAAAAGUGAAGACUCUCUGCCUCCGUCAAAAUUUAAUUAAAUGCAUUGAAAACCUGGAGGAGUUACAGAGUCUGCGAGAGCUGGAUCUUUAUGACAACCAAAUCAAGAAGAUUGAGAAUCUGGAGGCGCUAACACAGUUGGAGAUUCUAGAUAUUUCUUUCAAUCUGCUGAGAAACAUUGAAGGAGUUGACAAGCUGACACGACUGAAGAGGCUCUUCUUGGUUAACAAUAAAAUCAGUAAAAUUGAGAACAUAAGCAACUUACACCAGCUGCAGAUGCUGGAGCUGGGGUCCAACCGCAUCCGGGUAGGUGCGGGUGCCGGGCCAGGGGAUUGGCCCCUAGGACUAGCAGUGCUGGGUGCUAGGUGGGUGCUUGGCUGAGUGUUUCAUGUGGUGUGAUUUUAUUUUCCAGGAAGAGAAUGCUAACUGCAGGUCAGUGUUAAUAAGAACAUGUGCUCAAACUCUGGUAAAGCCCUUUUUCUGCAUGUAAAUUUCACUUGCUCUUCAUCCCGAUCACAAACUAAGCCUUAGCAAAGCAUCCCAGUUGCAGUCUGCCUGAGUGAAGCACUUUGGUUUUACAUAUGCUGAGGGUUGUGUUCUUUGGUGAGCCUCUCUGAGAUGACAGUGUCCCAGACACAGCAGAGUGGUGGCUUGCAGCGACCUGACCUUCACACAGGGGCCGUAGGAAGCAUGUUGCAGCUUGGUGCGUGGUUAGCCCGUCCUCCCUGGACAGCUGCGUACAACUGGGACACACCCGACGCAGCCUUCCACCCUGCCACGCUCUGUCCGACCUCUGGGAGCAUUAGGCAGAGUAGACAGAAGAGGCUUUGGGAAAGAGGUUUGGUGUCCAUAGGAGCAGUCCUUUACCCAUCUGAUGAUAGCUGCUUGGCAGAACCCAUGGUGCAAAACACAAAUGGGGUCACAGAAGGACUGACAUUGGCGGUGGGGGUGGGGGGGGAGAUGUCAGUGGUGGUUUGCCAGCAAAGAGGAGGAAGGGUCACCAGGACAGAUGAGGAUAUCUACUAGCCAGAAGACCACCUGACAUCCUAGUGAAGCCAGUUGUCCAAGCACUUCUUCCCCCAACUCUGUGUUGCAGAUAGCUGUCUGUCUGGCUCUUGGACAGUCACAGCACACUGUAAUCAGCCUAGCUUGGCCCUUGAGAGCUGGGCAGGAUUCAAACCCAGGAGGUCCUCUUGGGACAGUUGUGAACAGUCACGUGGCCCACGUAGCAAAGUAGCACAUUUAAAACUAAAGAGUGAAGAGUGGGGGCACCUGGGGGGCACAGCGGUUGAGCGUCUGCCUUCGGCUCAGGGCGUGAUCCCGGCGUGAUGGGAUCA